AUGAGACCACUCCGUCCCAAGCCCCCGACUGGUAGCUCUGAAUGGUCACCCGGGAACGAUGCACCUUCUGGCAGUUCGGUCAACUCGGAUCCAAUCUCUGCCAACACUCCGUCAACGCCCGGAAACGAUCAGGCGGACAUCGAUGAGCUGGAAGCCUUGACCCGUACUAUCACGACUCUAUUCAAUGAGCGAGACUAUACAAGUCCCAUCAUCCUUGAUCACAUCGCAGCCAACUUUUGCUUCGAAUCCGAUUACGUGCAAGCAUGCUCCACUUUAGCCGAAUAUUUAGCAAUGUGCCAAUCCAGUAAUACCAUGUACCCCAAAUAUCAUCUUCGCAUCGUGGACAUGUCAACCGAGAUCACGAAUGGACACAACGAAGCCGAAGUGCUCGUCUGCUUCGAGAUCACUGGCGCACCAGAGAACGUGAAGCGACAGCGUAUGAGCGUCUGCAAGUGGAAGAAAGAAGAUGGCCAAUGGCUAUGGUAUUUCCAUAGCAGUAUGCGUAUGCCGGCGAUCGACUUUGGCGACAGCGGCCUCAUGGCUGAUCCUUCGAGUUGA